AUGAACCACCAGCAAAGUCCCACCGGUGAGAGGUCGUUCACCUGCUGUCACUGCGGAAAGGAUUUCAAGAAUUCCUCCAGACUCCAGAGACACCAGCUGGUCCAUACCAGGGAGAAGCCAUUCAUCUGCUCUGAGUGUGGGAAGGGAUUCGCUCGUUCGUCUGACCUUCUAAUGCAGCAACGAAUUCACACCGGAGAGAAGCCCUUCCUCUGUUUCGAGUGUGGAGAGGGAUUCUGUCGGUCGUCUGACCUCCUGACACACCAACGAACUCACACCGGAGAGUGGCCAUUCAUAUGCGGUCAGUGUGGCAAGGGGUUCACUCAAUCAUCCCACCUGCAGUCACACGAAUUAAUUCAUACUGGGGAGCGUCCAUUCAUCUGCUCUAAGUGUAGGAGGGGAUUCACUCAGUCAUCCGAGCUUCGGAAACACCAAAGUACUCACACUGGAGAGAAGCCUUUCUCCUGUUCCGAGUGUGGAAAGAGUUUCACUCGGUCAUCUGACCUUCUGACGCACCGAGUUCACACUGGAGAGCGGCCAUUCAUAUGCAGUCAGUGUGGCAAGCGAUUCACUCGUUCAUACCAUCUGUGUACCCACGAGCGAAUUCUCACCAAGGAAUGGCCAUUCAUCUGCUCUGAGUGUGGGAGGGGAUUCACACAGUCGUCUGACCUUCUGAGGCACCAACGAAUUCACACUGGGGAGAGGCCGUUCACCAGGACUAGACGAAGGAUCUUGGCAAAACAAUAG